AUGAUGAACUCUCCCCAAAUCUCGGGCUGGCAGGUCCUAGCGACCAAGGGAAAGCUCAUUGUAUCUUGCGUUCUGGGCCUCUUCCUCCUUGCCAUCGGGAUGGACAUCCGAGCUGAGCUCGGAGCCGGACACAACCAGAAGAAGAUGUCCAAGCGCGACAUCAACAGCACUCCCCCAAUCUGGCAACCAGAAGCCGGUGUCAAGUGGCAAAUCCAACUGGUAGAUUCCGUCGAAGACACCACCAUCGACACCGACAUAUGGGACAUCGACCUCUUCGACAACACCGCCGAGACAAUCUCCACUCUCCAGAACAAAGGCCACAAGGUCAUCUGCUACUUCUCCGCCGGCACAUACGAAGACUGGCGCCCGGACAUUAGCAAGUUCGACACCGCAGACUUCGGCAGCAACCUCGAUGAAUGGCCGGGCGAGCGCUGGCUGAACAUCAAGUCGAGUAGCGUUCGUGCAAUCAUGAGCUCACGACUGGAUAUGGCAAAGCAGAAGGGCUGCAAUGGUGUUGAUCCGGAUAAUAUCGAUGCGUAUGGGAAUGAGAAUGGUCUUGGGUUGACAGAGGCUGAUUCUGUUGAUUUCUUGACUUUCCUGGCCUCCGAGUCGCAUUAUCGUGGCAUGUCGAUCGGGUUGAAGAAUGGUGGUGAUAUUAUUGGUUCUGUUAUUGACAAGAUGCAGUGGUCGGUUAAUGAGCAGUGUGCGGAGUAUAGCGAGUGUGAGACAUAUGCUGCCUUCACGAAAGUCAAUAAGCCGGUUUUUCAUAUUGAAUAUUCUGGGGAGACGAUUGAGUCUGGUGGCUCUGGUGAUACUUCUGUCUCGGUCGCUGAGGCUACCACUGGUAGCAAGGCUACUUUCACUGCUGCCAUUGGCACCCCUUCUUCCAGUCCUGCUGCCGCUGCAACUGCAACUGCCACUGUCAAUGUUACCCCCAUUUCUACUUCUUCUGCGGCCGCUGCAACCAGCACAGACGCCGAUGCUACCAAGACUGGCAGUACUGACACUGAUGGUGACGAGAAAGAGGCCGAUGAAGAUGACGAGGAAGACGACGACGAGGGAGAGGACGAGGAAGACGAAACUAGUACCCAUGCCACCAAGGAGCAAAAACACCGAUAUGGUCACGGUCACCACAAGCUCCGUGCCAGAGCUGUUCUCUCCUCCACAUUGAAGACCUCAGCCUGCAACGCGGCUAACGCCGAAAAAUUCUCGACUGUUAUCAAGAACAUGAACCUCGAUGCCUGGGUUGAAUAUUGCUAG